CUGCAGCAGAACGAGAACAUCUUUAUUUCACUUCGACGCAAGAGAACCUGACUGAAUAAAAGAAUUCGUCAAAAUCAAACAUUUUCGUCUAACAGCAAAUAUGCAGUGGACUCUGCUUCUGCUGAUUUGGACGAGUCAAUGUUGUCCAGUGGUUUGUCAGCUCUAUGAGUUUCACUACAUUAAAGAGGCAAAGAACUGGACUGAAGCUCAGCAGUACUGUAGAGAGAAACACACUGACCUGGUCACAGUGACUAACAUGAAGGACAUGGAGAGACUCAUCAACAUGUCAGAUGGAGAUCCAGCUUGGAUUGGUCUGUAUUAUCAAACAAAUGGUAUCAGAACAUGGUACUGGUCUCAAUCUGAAGUGGAGUUCAAUGAAAGUGAGACAAACUGGAAUGAAGAAGAACCAAAUGACAAAACUGGGUGGCAAAACUGUGGAAUCAUAUGGAAGAACCUGAAGUGGGGAGACCUGUCUUGUAAUGAUCCUCGAUAUUUUCUCUGCUAUGAUGACAGUAAUUCAUCCAAGAAAUAUCACUUGAUUCAAGAAGAGAAAAAGUGGACAGAAGCUCAGAGUUACUGCAGAGAGAAACACACAGACCUGAUCAGUGGAACGAAGCAGCUGCAGGAUGGAGAUGUGAAGAAUGAGAUCAGUUCUGUGGGAAGUAAUACAUACAUUUUUACUGGUUUAUUCAGAGACACCUGGAGGUGGUCAGAUGGAAGCAGUUUCUCUUUCAGAUACUGGAAAACAUGGUUUGACAAUCAGGCAAGUUAUGGUGGUCAAUGCGCCAUGACUAAGUUUGACGAUGGAGGCAGAUGGAAGAAUGAGAACUGUGAUGGAAGAAAACCCUUCAUCUGUUAUGAUGAUAAAUUGAUCCUGAUCAAAGAGGAGAUGAACUGGGAGGACGCCUUGUACUACUGCAGAGAUCACCACCAUGACCUGGUCACCAUCACCAACAUGGAUCAACAGAUAUCAGUCCAGCAGGAAGCCCAGUUUGCAUCGACUCCUUUUGUCUGGAUGGGUCUGAGCUAUGCUUGCACUCUAGAUUUGUGGUUCUGGGUCAGUGAUGAGAUGGUCAGAUACAACAACUUGGCCCAGAAUGAACCGAUGGACGACUGUGACAUGUCUGGAGCCAUGGAGACGGGAGGAGGAUAUCAUUGGUUUAAGAAAAAUGAUACUGAGAAGUUUAAUUUUAUUUGUUCCAAGUAAAGGUCAUCAGUACAUCAGUUGCUUUUAGUCAGGUGUCAUUUUUCAUCUUUAAUCUUUUUGAUUGUUUGAUUGCCCUGGACAUCAAGAAAGACCAAAUUCAAUGUUAAUUAAAACCUUG